UGGAGGGAGGGCGGUGCGUCUGGUCCUCCUCUGCGUCCCAGGGAUGAGGCUGUGAUGGAAGCGAUGUCCCCGCAACAGGAGCACGUCGGGCAGGGAAGAUCCCGGGGGUCUUCCGCCUCCGACAGCAAGAAGAAAAUGAAGAGCUUGGCACAAAGACGUCAGUCGGCACCAUCUCUGGUUCUCAGCAAAGCACUGAACAAGUCCAGAACAAAUGCCAGGGAAGUUUGCUUCUCUCCCAUCAGUCCAGAGACGUGUCCACUUGUACAGUCCUUCCUCUGUCCCACCAGAACAUUCCUUCUGGAUGGACAUGUACAGCUAAAGACAGGCCUACAGACCCAGGAACGUCACCUAUUCCUCUUCACUGAUAUCAUCGUGGUUGCCAAACCCAAGUCACAGUUGCAUUUCAAACUGAAGAGCCAGGCACGUAUUUCCGAAAUGUGGACAGCAUCUUGCAUGGAAGAGGUCUGCGAGGGCAGUACUAGCCUGGAAAAGUCUUUCGUUUUAGGAUGGCCCACCACUAACUGCGUUGCUAGUUUCAGUUCCGUGGAACAGAAAGAGAAGUGGCUGACUUCCCUUCAAAGUCGAAUAAAAGAAGAGAAAGCAAAAGACUACCCCAAGAGCAUUCCCUUGAAGAUUAUUGCGAAGGAUGUUGGAAACUGUGCAUAUUCAAAAACUUUAACCGUAACCAACAUGGACACAGCAAAUGAUGUGAUCCUCAUGGCCCUGCAGCAGCUUGGAAUUAAUGGCUGUGAAAAAGACUAUCAGCUGUGGGUGAACUCUGGGAAAGAAGAUGCUCCAUAUCCCCUUAUUGGACACGAAUAUCCAUUUGGAAUCAAAAUGAGCCACAUUCGUGACACUUUGCCUCAGAUGCAGGGAUCAAAGGACUGUGUCUGCCCUCUGGACCUUCAGGGGGCCUUCCUGAUGGAACAGCUGCCCUGUGAGCUUCAAUGCCAGUUCAUUCUCAAGCCAAGUCGCCUGGCCACUGGCCAUGAACUGAAUGAGUUGAGCCAAAAGCCAUUUAAAAGGAAAAGAUCCAUUAUAAACUGGGCCUUCUGGCGGGGAGUAGGUGCUCCAGUGGACAAUGCACCACCAUCUUCAGCAUCUCCUGUAUCAGGAAAGCUCUUUGGCCUUUCCCUCCCAGCCAUCUGUGAGAAUGAUAAUCUGCCCAAACCAGUCUUGGAUAUGCUUUCCUUUCUCUAUCAAGAAGGACCUUUCACUCGGGGGAUUUUUAGACGUUCAGCUAAUGCCAAGUCCUGCCGAGAACUGAAGGAGAAGCUUGACUCAGGUGAUGAAGUGCACUUACUCUGCGAGUCCAUAUUUGUGACAGCGUCUGUGUUCAAGGAUUUUCUUCGCAAUAUCCCAGGCAGCAUUUUUUCAUCCCAGCUCUGUGAUCAGUGGGUUUCUUUAAUGGAUGAAGGGAACCAUGAAGAGAAGAUAAAAAGCAUCCACAGGCUAAUGGAACAGCUCCCCAGUGCCAAUGUGAUGUUGUUACGUUAUCUCUUUGGAGUAUUACACAGCAUAGAAAAGCAAUCUGAAGACAAUCAGAUGACAGCAUUUAAUUUAUCUGUAUGCAUAGCACCCAGCUUGCUCUGGCCUCCUGCUCCUGCAAGCCCUGGAACUGAAGGGGAAUUCAUGAAAAAGGUUUCCAUUCUUGUACAAUUUCUAAUUGAAAAUUGCUGCAGGAUUUUUGGAGAAGACUUUACUUCCAUCUUUGCAGAUGUGGUACCCAAAAAUGACAACAGAGAAGAUGGUUCAGAUCUUUCUUCUUUUCAUCUGAAUGACUCCUCCUAUGACAGUUUGGAUAACGAACUGAAUGACUGUGCAGACUCCUCAUUUAACAACCUCCUCAAAAAAUGGGGUCACGAAAACAGGAGUAGGGACUCUGUUUUGACCCUGAGUGAUUGUGAUUUGGACCCACCUGAAUCAGAAGUACCUCAAAUCAAACUGCCAGCCAAAUCCCAGCCAGUAUCCAUUUCAGCUGGUUUUCAUCACAAAUCACCAUCACGGGAACACUCUGAAAAUGAGUCUUUAUGUUCCAUCACGUCAGGCUACUCAUCAACAACCAUCUCAGAUGUUCACAAAAGCUCAAGAAGGCACAGACGCUGCUCUGAACCCACCAUUGGCCUUCUUGCCUCCAACUUUACACCACUCAGUGGAUUUCAUGAAACUGCUGUGCGCAAAGCCAGCUGUGAUGCUGUUCUGUCCCACAUGGAUGAAAACUAUCUUAAGCAGCUUCGUUCACUUCAAGUGGAAGGCCAAAAACUUAUGAACCAGAGUGUGGUAAUGGGAAUAGACGUGGGCAAGGAUAGUCCUGAAAGCCACACCAGUGAAAAGAAAGAGAUAUCUAACUGUCUUCUCCCACCACCUCCACUCAGGUUGAACAUUUGCUCAAGGACUAGCUGUUCUAGCCUGUCGUCUCCUGGUACUUCUCCUUCAGGAUCUUCAAUGAGCUCUCUGGAUAGUGCUUUUUCCCAGUUUUCAGACUACUCUGUGUUUACCCCAACUGAGACCUCCUCUCCUCUGGACUGCACAUUUCACUCACAGAGGAAGUAUGGAGAGGUUUCUCCUGAUUUUAACCCAUUCUCGUGUGUUGGCUCUUCUCCUAGCACUGGUCACAAUAGCAGUUUGGUAUGUGCUAAGAAAGAGAGCCUGGAAUGGCCUCCUCAUAAAAGCCCUGUCACUCUCCAUCCCAGCACCUGGUUAAAAAGUGGAGCUUCCACCAUGAAAAGUUGGACUCUGAGGAAAAAAGACAAAGCCUCUAAGCAGGAAGAGAAAAAGAACAGUUCCAUUAAAAUAACUCUGGAGUCACAAGCAUCUCCUGUGGAUACAUCCAAGAGUAAUUUGUGUCAGAAGCAACAGCAGAAUAUGGUUAGUUCUUUUGCAAAUGAGGUUACUGUUUUGUCAGUGGACCAGGAAAGCUGUCCUCCUCAGGGUGCUGGGCAAUUCACUGGCCUUCCAUUUUGUCCAGUGGAGGUGAAGGAUAAACGCCUGAAGGCCUUAGAGCUUUUGGCAGAGCAAAGCAAGGAAGAGGAAGAGGAGGAAAGCUCUUCAUUUUUUCCUUCUCAUAAACGACAGCCUUCUUGUUUUAAUGCAAGAGACGAACUUAAAACUGAACCCAAUGCUGUCCUUAAUGCUGCAUGUCAAUGUGUCACUGAGGAAAACUUAAGUAAAUCUGCACAUUUCACAGAGAUUGCAGGCCAUAAAGCUGUACCUUCCAAGAAUGACAAAUCUUUGUCCAGCCAAGCAUCCAAGAUUACAGAUGCCAGUUCUGAAAGAGAAUUCUGUGCUGCCUCUCCAAUCCUCACCGAAGCUGAGAAUGACCUUUCUUUUCAGUCCAUUUCAAACAAUAGUUUCCCCACACCACAGAAUGGAGCUGAUGCCAGCAAAACAAAAAAACUGAAAAAGCUGUAUGGUGACCCCAAAUUUGAGGAAAUGGACAAAAAAAUUUUCACAGAGGAAUCGUAUGUUUGAGCAGCCACUGUCAAAAGAAUUUUAUUUCAAUUGAACCUUAUUCGGUUUCAUAUCCCAGGAGGAUAUAUUCUCAUCAGGGACUUAACAGAAUUCAUUUUGUUUGAAGGAUUAUCAGAAUUACUUUUCCAAAUAUAGUUGUGUGAUUUCAGAGACAAUUCCUGAUAUCUGAGAAACCUUCAAGAGGAGCAUUUGAUUUUAAAAUACUUGCAAACACUUUUCUAUGUGCUUACUAUACACUUUUUCUCUAAACCACUCCUGUAUGUUUGAAACAUUGUAUGCAUACGUUUUGUGUCCACUGUGAUUCGGAUGUAGUAUGUGAGAUCAGCCUGUGCCUCUAUAGUUAAUGGUAUAGUACUGCUGUUUUGAAGCUGAUGGCCCAUUUCAUUUUCCUCCAUGGAAAGAACUUUUAAUGUUUUUGUAUGUUUUAUGAGGCAGCUGUUCAACUGUUUGUCAUUGACUCUUUCAGCAAAAGAAGAAAGCUUUUAAAUGAAGCAUAAAUCCUGACCUUUCUGUAAUUUAAAAAUUCCAACCUUUGUGUGUCACCUUAUUGUGCUCCAUUUGGACAUUUCUUUUUUGUUUCAUUUGUGAAUACUUUCUUAAUGAUGAUGAUGUCAAAUGGCAUUACAGCUUAGUGGUGAUGGUGUGGCAGACAGAACUUCUGUAAUUGUAUUAUAGCAUCGAAAUCAUCUUUGUUAUAAUAUAUUGAAAGUAAUGCAUUAUCUUAAAAAUGCUUUGAGAUUGUAUAAUAUAUCUUGAUAAAUUUUUGCUAUUGUAUAUGUUCUGAAAUAAAUGUGUAUUUUUGUACUUGCAGAAAAAGCUGCUCAGCUUUUUGGAUGACAUGGGUGCUGGUGGUGAUGUGUAUAUGUAUCUUGC